AGCUCCAGGGACGAGAUGCUGCCGCUCGGACUGAUGCUGCUCCUGCUGCCGGCCGCCGCCGCCGACCUGCCCGGGACGGGCGCUCCGCCGCUCCGGGGGCCGGGGCUCGGCUUCUCUCCGCCGGUCCCCGCCUCUCCCUCCGCCCCGCCGCUCCUCCUCCCGCAGCCCGGGGCGGAAUACGGGGCGCCCGGCGUCGCCUUGGCCCGGUCCGCUGCAGAGGAGCCGACCGGCACCGGAGAGGAGGAAGACGCAAGGGAGCAUGAUCAUCACGGCGGCGGGUACCGGGUGGUCCAGUGGGAGUGGAGCUACGUCCAGACCCCGUACAUCAUCGCCAUCUGGCUACUGGUGGCCAGCGUGGCCAAGAUCUUGUUCCACUUCUCCCAGCGCUUCACCACCGUGGUCCCAGAGAGCUGCAUGCUGAUCCUGCUGGGUCUGGUCCUGGGCGGGGUCGUCCUCAUAGCCAAUAAGAAGCAGCUAUACCAGCUGGAGCCCAGCCUCUUCUUCCUCUUCCUGCUGCCGACCAUCGUGGGGGAUGCCGGAUACUUCAUGCCGGCCAGGCUCUUCUUCGACAACCUGGGAGCCAUCCUGACAUACGCCGUGGUGGGAACGCUGUGGAACGCCUUCUGCACCGGGUUCUCCCUGUACGCUGCCAAACUGCUGGGGUUCAUAGAUGAGCACGUGCAGGCCGAAAUGUUGGACUUCCUGCUGUUCGGCGUUUUAUAUAAAGUCUACAUUUCCUUUGUGGAAGUGGGAGCAGAGAAUGUGCAGACAGCAGAUUACUUCAAAGGAGUCGCCUCCUUCCUCAUCGUCAGUAUCGGGGGGACUAUGGUGGGUCUGAUCUUUGCCGUCAUCCUGGGCUUCAUCACUCGCUUCACCAAGAAAGUCCGGAUCAUCGAGCCGCUCCUCGUCUUCCUGAUGGUCUACUUGGCCUACCUGACCGCCGAGCUCUUCUCCCUGUCCGCCAUCCUGUCCAUGACCUUUUGUGGCAUCGGGGCCAACAAAUAUGUGGAGGCCAACAUCUCCCAGAAGUCUCGAACCACGGUGAAGUACACCAUGAAGACUCUGGCCAGCAUCGCAGAGACCAUCAUCUUCAUCUUCCUGGGCAUCUCAGCUGUGGACAAGUCAAAGUGGGCCUGGGACACGGGCCUGGUGUCCUGCACCCUCGUCUUCAUCUUCAUUUUCAGAGCUGUCGGUGUGGUUGGUCAGACCUGGGUCCUGAACCGCUUCCGCCUCGUGCCACUGGAGAAGAUCGACCAGGUGGGUGGGAACGUCCUGACCUCAGCCAGACUGUCUCUGCCCUCGAUGGCCAGCAGAGCCUCGUUCCCCGAAGUCACCAACGUCACAAACUAUCUACGUGAGAACGGCAGCGGUGUGUGUCUGGACCUCCAGGUCAUCGAUAACAUUCCUGGAGCCAAAGUGGAGGAGGACAUGGAGACGCACCAUGUCCUCGCUGGAAACCUGUACAAACCCAGGAGACGUUAUCAGUCCCACUACAGUCGUCACUUCAUGCCGCUGGGGGAGCAGGAGCGCCAGGACCGGGAGGUGUUUCAGAGGAACAUGAGGAGCCGCAUGGAGACCUUCAAAUCCACCCGAUACAAACGCCACAAGAAGGAGCGCAGCCUGAAAAAGCGGCGAGGAUCCGACGUCAAGGAGGACGGCAGCGAUAAACCCAGACGUAACGUCAGCUGGCAGGACAAAGCUCAGCACAGCACGCUGCGUGACUGCAGAGGGCGCUGUGGAGCGAGCACGCACAGUGCACACGCCAUGCAGGUGAAGGGGUGA